AUGGAUGAUGACUGUAAAGAUUACAGGAAAAGCAAGCCACAACAAAAAAUAUACAAACCUGGUAGUGGACCUCUGAGAAGAUCAAGGUAUGGCUUGGAUGGUAAAAUGGAUACAUGUGAAAUAGAUAGUGGAUAUAAAGGUAAAGAAUUAAACCGCGUUGGAUCACAAAGUUCUAUCAAUGGUGAUGAUUCAAGGUGCAGAGAACAGUUGUCAGGAAACACACGUCUAAAAAAGCCUGAACAGCAGUUAUACGUACCCCGAUCCGGAGAUUCUUUUAGUGAUGUCGACAGACAAUCUAAGACGCCAUUAAGGUGUGAUAAUUCUAGUCAAUACAUUAAAAGAAGAAUGUCCAAUAAUCAGGAUAACAAACAUGAUGGAUCUACAUAUUGUAGAAACACUUCAAGAAGAGAUAAACCUUUUAUGGAAUAUCAACACAAUGAAGGCGUAAAUAAUGACAUAAACUCCAACAGACAUAAUAGACAUUUAUCAGAGUCUAGGUCUAUAUCACCUGCACAUUGCCUUCAAGAACAAAAUAUAGUAGAUCGAAAUCGCGACAGUAGAAGUAUGGAGACAUGGGCUGGUAGACAUAAGUCAGGAUCAGGUGGGAAACCACCUUCGGGACGUAGAAAUUCUGCAGGUUAUCCAACUGAUUUACCUAGACCUAAGUAUAUCAAUUUGGAUAAUAUACCACCAAGAUUUCGAAAGAAGUUCUUGGAACAAUCUGGACAUCAAAAUUAUGACAGCAUAGAUCAGCAAAAUAGAGACACUUCAUCUACUCAGUCCAUUUAUAGUCCUAACCAAUUUAACAACACUAAUACAUAUUGGUCUCAAACUUUACCAUCAAGGGGGAGAGGGCGGUUAAGAGAUAAUGAACAUUUUGAUAGGGAAAAAUUCUAUAAUUCAUAUUUUAAAAAUUAUGAUGUUCAAGAUUCAAGACGAUCCACUCCAAGCAGUUCCUAUAUGAAUUUAUAUGAAACAAAUUUAAUGGAUAAUAGGAAUGUUAAUACAAAAUCUGAUGAAUUAAUUUGCACUGGUAACAUUCACAAUGAGUUUUACGAUAGUGUCAGUAAUCAUGGUGGUAACAGUCCAUCAAAUGAACAAGAAAAUAAGUACUGGGAAAGUGAGCUUAGUAAGAACAAUCAAAACAAAAGUGAAUCAGCUUUAAAUAAUGCAACAAAUCUUGCUGAUAUGUCAAAUUUGGAUUGGACUGAGGAAGUAGAAAAGAAUAUUAAAUUAGAUGACAUAUGUGAUUCAUCUACUAGUUUUUCUCAAAAUCUUAAAGCUUCUGUAUCAGAAGACGUUAGAGUUUCAGAACCUCGCGAGUCAAAAAGAAGUGGAAGAUCACGGAGACGAGAUAAAAGAAGUUCUAGUAGAGGCCAAAGAAAUUCAGAGAAGAAGGGAGAACCUACACGAAAGGAUAGUAAUGUUAGUACUCAAAGUAAACCUGAACGAAAUAGAAGAGACAGUAAUGUGAGCAUUCAACAUGAAUUAAUAUCAACAAAUCUAAAACAUAGAGAGAGGGAAAGAAGGGAUAGCCAUAGAAGUAAUCGCUCCUCAACUAUUGGAAAUAGCAGAGAUGACUUAGACAAAUGGAGAUCUGUGCGAUCAUAUAGUAGGGAGCAGAGUACUGAAAGAAGGAUUUUGUCCCAAUGUAACAGUAGAGAUACCUCAUCCAAUCGAGCUAUGAGUCCGAGGGAUGCUGAUGGUUUCAGAUUACCAAAACCAGCAUCUUCACUGUCAACUAAUCAGAAAAAUAAUGGAGCUUGGCUUAGCGGCCGAACGUCAAGUAUAGAGAGAAGACGGCAGUCUCCGGCGCCAAGUAACGUCAGCAUCGGAAAUAAAGAAACAACAAGUGAAUCUGGUGUUGGUGCUAGUGGGGGAGGAGGUAGUCGUCGGUCUCGAAAGCGUGCUUCUCGCCGCCGCGGUCGAAAUGCAGAGAACGUUCAACCACCCACGAAUCACCCCCCUGGUUCUAUUCCUGCACCCACCAAUAUCAAUUGGCGAGAGGAGAUAUUAGAGUCGAAGAAACACCAAAUACAAAAUGACAGAUCACAAAAUGACAGCACACAUCAACGAAACAGACUAAACAGUGUUUUGUCAGAAAAAUCAGUGACAGAGACCUCUGGCGCCCAACCUGGUUUAAUUAUUCUUCCACAGAGUUCUAUGACUACUUUGCAAAAAGACGGAUGCUGCGGCUCUGUCGACACGCGGAAGACUUUGUUUGAUCACCAAAAUCCAUCCAAACCAAUUAUUGUACAAACUAGUCCCACUAAAGUAGAUAUCCGAAUGGAGCAUGGCGUGAAAGAGGCGUCGAGCCGCAGCUGUGCGGGCUACGAGGCGAGCGAGACUGGCGAGGCGGGCGCGGGGGGCGCUGCGGGCGAGGCGGCGCGCGCGCUGCGACACGUGGCGCUGCUGCAGCGCGUGGAGCGCGCCGACGCUGUGCUGCGCGCGCACACGCUGCGCGGCCCCGCCUCGCUCGCCUCACACUGGGAUGAUCUUAUUGAAACUAGAAAUUUUUUACAAAGUGCCCUUCAAAAGCUGUUGAUAUCAGAUUUAAAAUAUUGCCAGUCUGAUAACAUAGAGCACCAGUUUUGGAAAAUUUUGUAUUAUAAUUUUAUUGAAAUUUUAAGAAGAAGCAUAUCGCAAGUCCCUCCAGAGGUAAAGCCAGACAUAGUGAAACUGAUAAAUACAAUUAUUGAGGAGGGAAAUGUUUUUUUUGAGAAUCUCAUACAAAUGUUGGAGAAAACAUAUAAAUUUAAUACGGAUGACUAUUUAAAUGAUAAUCACGUUUUGCCGCCCAAAGGCCUUGGAUAUGUUGGAUUAGCCUUAAUUUCAGUACAAAAAUUAUACGUCUUCUUGGGAGACUUAGCUAGGUAUAAGGAACAAGUGAAUGAAACAAAUAACUAUGCCAAAAGUAAAUUUUGGUAUACAAAAGCUCAGCAGAUUAACCCGAAAAAUGGGAGGCCAUAUAAUCAGUUAGCUUUAUUAGCAAUAUAUGCUAGAAGAAAAUUAGAUGCUGUUUAUUAUUAUAUGAGAAGUUUGAUGUCAUCGAAUCCAUUUCAAUCAGCACGUGAAAGUCUAUUAUCAUUGUUUGAUGAAAAUAGAAAAAAGUAUGAGGCGGCGGAGAAGAAACGGCGAGCUGUGGAGUCGUCGAAGGGUGGGGAAAACAGCGAUGCAAGCGUUACGAGUGCGUCGGUGUCGAAUGGGCACUCACUGCGGCGCGAGGUGUGGCUGCGGCCGGGCGCGCGCGCGCCGCACCACAGCGAUGACGAACGCUUCGACGCCAUGUCGUCUGUCGAGCUAAAUAAAAAUUUCAUCACGAGUUAUUUACAUGUGCAUGGGAAGUUAAUCACAAAAAUUGGUAUGGAGAGCUUGCACGCGAGCGCCGGGCGCAUGUUGCGUCAGUUCCGCGCGCUGCUGCACCGACAGCCGCUGCCCACACCCGCCGCGCGCCUCCUCCAGCUCACCGCGCUCAACAUGUUCGCCGUCGAGAGUAACGCCGCGGCGCACAGAGAAAACAAUAAGAAUGGAGAGCGGUCAGCAUGGCUGGAAGCCGCGUUGGGCGUGUCGAUGCUCAUGUUCGGUGCGCUGCUGGAGCGAUGUUGCGCACUGUUGCCAGAGCCGCCACAUUCGCAGCAAUACGCUGACGCACUGCUGCUUCUGCCUGCUAUUAAGGUGUGGUCCGACUGGAUGUUAUGUCAUAGUAGUGUGUGGAACCCACCACCCUCAUUUGACAAUUUCGAAAUUGAGAGCGAAAAUGACCCGUGGGAUUGGCUUGCGAAACUUAUGAACAUUCUCGAAAGUCUCGAUGACAAGUCGAUAGAAUUGGAAAACGAAAUGAAAGAAGGGCACGCGGCGGUGCGGCUGGCGGAGGACGCGUCGCUGGCCGGCUUCACGCCGCUCAUGUACAUGGAGCCGGCGGUGGCGUGGUUGCGCGCCGACCGCGCCGCGCCGCUGCCCGCUGCAGAGCACGCGCUCCGCACCAGGAAGCUGCUGUUUUUCGGCACCGAGUACUUAGUGGGUGUAGAGCCGCCAGUAUUGAAGCUAGAGUAUCCAGCGGAUGCUUCACCACGAUACGUCAGUGCGGUGCAGAAAACGCAGCCGCAAUAUCCUCCGCUACAACAAUUGCCCGAAGAUUCUGAUGAUGAAGAAAGUAUAGGUGAAGCGACCAGUGGUCCUACUAGUCUCAGUGAAGGCGUGGACGAGUUGCCCGACGGAGCUGACGAGGCCACGAAGAGGCUUUUAAAACGCAAAGAACAAUUAGAAUAUCGAAAAGCGACAUUGGAGCGUAGACGACUACGAAUGCAGGAAAUGGUGGGCGGCGCGUGUGCGGGCGAGCCGGUGGAGGUGUUGGUGCGGCCGCGCUGGCUGGUGCCCGACACCAACUGCUUCAUCGACCACCUGCCGCUGCUGCGCGCCAUCGCAACCGCGCCUGCGCAGCCCUACCUGCUCGCCGUGCCGCUCGUCGGUGCGUACACUACACACAGUCGCCACGUUCGACACGCAACUGGCCAAUAG